AUGCCGUACUACCACGUCUCCCCAAUGAAUAGGAGAAACCGGUUACCAGUCAGGAAUGGAGAAUCACAAAAAACGGUGCCGCCAUGGUUGGGUCCUUUUCAGCAGAGUUAUUUACUUAAGAUCAAACCAAUGUCAUCAACCGAUGGACAAUACCCUUUGUCCGAGUCGGCGAGGUCCUGGCUUCUUACGAGUAAUUCUGAGCUUCAGCAUCCGCGUUAA